AAGCUACGAGGAGAUGCAGCCUCAUGGUCCCAGUUGAGGAUCUAUGAUACCCUAUGGCCUGGGCUCCUGCUGGCGGGCGGUCGCAGCAUCCCGCGCACCAGGUCACCACGUUUGAGGCGCCUUUAGACAGUGGCACACGGCUUGUCUCAGCUUUCGUCUCGCGCGUUUCUCACCCCAGAAUGAACCAGUAAGCGGUCUCGGAAUAUACAGCUUAGUGCCUAUUAGUGUCCUAAAAUCGGGGGGUCAGGCCAGCUUAGACGUAAUAGGGUACUGUUUUACGUAGUAGGUUCAGGCCUAAGCGGCAGCUUCUCUUUCGCGAGCGUCGCAUGGCGUCGCACAGCAGCUCCUCUAGCUCCCUGCCGUUAGCAGGAGAGUCGUCGUCGCAGCUGUCGCCACGGGCGUCGCUACAACCGUCGCUGCAGCCGCUUUCGCGACGCAUCGGCGACCUUGCGACGGAGGGUGACGUUCGCAGCCGCGUGAAGUGGCUGAAUCCGGAGGCGUACGGCGCGGGCGAGCUGGUCGUCGUCCGUCGCAGCACGGACGAAUGGCGAUACGCCGAGGUCGUUAGCGUCGCACAGGACGGUCUUCAGCUGCGAGUCGGGCCCGGACUAACUAAAGACGUCGCGACGCGGCUCUUAGGCACACACGUGGGGAAGCUUCCGGGCAGCAGCAGCGUUUUCGGCGUCAUCCCCGUUACAGGACCGUCGCGAAACAGGCUAUCGUUAUCGGCGCUCUCUUCGCGUUCUUUCGACAUGAGCAGCAACGGCCAUGGAGCAGCAGCAGCAGCAGCAGCAGGGGCGUCAUCAGGAAACGCAUCAGCUUCAGCACUAGCAGCAACCCUGGCGGUGACAGCAGAAGAAGCAGAAGAAACAGCAGCAGCAGCAAGUGGAGCGAUAGACGCAGCAUCGGCAGCAGCAGCAGUCAUUGCAGAGUGGAGACGAUCUUCGCAGCUGGGCCCUGUCAGUGCCAUCGCUGCCACUGCUACCACCGCUGCCACCACCGCUGCCAGCACCAGUGACACCACCGCCGCAAUCGCCACCAGCUCCCCUGCAACGGCUGCAGCUGGUGCAGCUGGUGCAACUGGUGCAACUGCUGUCAGCGCUGCUGCUGCGGCUACCAUUAUAACCACGAAUGGUCCUGCUGUCGCCACUGCCGCCAGUGCCAACACUGCCAGUGCUGCCAAUACCUCCACCGCUAGUGUUACCGCUGUUGCAACGACCAUGGUUCACACAACUGCUCAGUCUGCUGCCUCUGCUCCAAUUCCAACAACAGCGGCGGGAGCGUUCGCCGAGUCCAACUCAAAUGCAACUCAGCCAUCCACUCAUACCCGGACGCCCUCCCAAACCCUAACGCUCUCGCAUUCCCCAAGGUCCCCUCGCGGUUCAACCCAGCUCACCCCCCAACCCUCUUCCCAGCAACCCACAUCACAACAACCCACCUUGCCACACCCCAACAACUCCAACCAAACCUCCACCCAAUCUUCCUCCCAGUCCUUUCCCCGGACCUCCUCCGAGCCCACCUCCCAAACCUCCGCCCAAACCUCCCCCAAACCUGCUCCCUGCAACGAAACCAAGGCUCUGUUGCCAUGGCAAACUGAGGACUGCCCUAUCUGUCUGGAAGCCAUGGUCAGGGGCAGGGCUCUCUAUGCCCCUGAGUGCGGUCACCUCUGCCACUUUGACUGCAUUCGUGAGAACGUUCGCCACGGAAAUUUGUGCUGCCCGCUCUGCCGCUUCCCGCUGCAGGAGCGCCCCACGUCGAUUUUUCCCCUGCCCGAGGCAACGGUUUUCCCAAGGGGGGGUGGUCCGAGGGGGGGGGUGUGGGGGAACCAGAGGCGGGACCUGCAGCGGGCAAGGAAUCACAUUGCGGAGCAAAGGGCUGUGGCGCUGCAACUUAUGGCAGCAGCAGAGGAGCGCAUUGCUCUGGUGAGGGCAGCUCACGCGGAGGUCCAUUCCCACGUGCGCCUAGCGCAGCAGCUUGUACAGAGGAUAUCCGACAGGCGGCAGCGAGCUCUGGGGGACAGCCUUCGCUACUCGCUCUCCCCUCCCCUCUCCUCCUCACCCCCUCCUCCGCCCCUUUCCCUCUCCUCCCUCUCUCUCUCCAUCCCAUCCGACCCCAUAGGCCCUACCUCCUCCUCCUCCUCCUCCUCCUCCUCCUCGGCUCUUCGCCGAUCCCUGGCCCUCGCAGCUGCUGCUGCAGCAGCGGAUGAUCCCUAUGCCGCCGCCCUGCCUUCCCGCCACACCCGCCCCUCCGUUCCGUCCCGCCCUUCCCUCUCGUCCCUGUCCUCUCUUUCCUCCCUCUCUGCUCACUACUCACAUCGCUACUAUGCGACUACCCCACCCGUACUCUCCCCUGCCCCUAACCCUCUCUCUCCCUCUGGCCCUCUCUCCACUUCUAAUCCCCUCUCUACCUCUCUUUCUCUUUCCUCCACCGCCCAUCCCCUCACCUCGACCACGCGCCGCUCUGUAUCGGGCCCUCUUUCUCCCUUCCCACACACUUCUCAUUCCUCCUCUUCCUCUCACUCCUCUUCCUCCAACACCGCUGCCUCUUCGUUCUCUGCUCCUGCUCCUUCUCCGGCUUUCACAGUUUUUAACAAUCCCAACACUGCAGCACCUACUGCUCAGAGCAGUGCGGGUUCUGGCAGUACUAGUGCGGGUUCUGAUGUCCAUGCUGCUAUCAAUACUGCGACUGGUACUAGUUCGAAUCCUGGCUCCACCCCUGCUACCUCGACUGCAGUCCCUGCUUCCACCUCUCCCAGUGAAACCACCACUGCUGCAGGAUUAGCUACCGCUGUCAUCACCCCCCCUACCACCAGUUCUGCUUCAACAACUACUAGUGCUGCUGCUGCCACCGCUACCGCCAGUGCUGCUGCCAGCACCAUCGCUCCUACCUCUCGUUCCCCGUCCACCAUCGCCCCGUCCUCCCGGCCCUUCCGCUUCUCGGGCCCGUUCUCCUCCCUCUCCUCCUCGCACAGAGAGUAUGGAGAGCUGCCCCUCUCCCUCUCCUCUCUCUCCCACUCGCACAGAGAGCAUGCAGAGCUCUCUUCUCCUCCCCUCCGCAGCCUAGGUCCCACCGCUAUCCCCUGUGCACAUCCCGGCAACGCAAACAGUGCUAGUGCUGCUGCUGAAGGCGCUGCUGCAGCCGGUGUUUUGGAAGGGAGCAGCGUUGGGGCUUGCACAGUGAACAGCAGAGGGAGUGCGGUCGAGGAAGGUGCAAGGAAAAGCGGCAGUAGCACCAGGACAGGUGAUCGAGGCGUUGUGGUUGGUAUCCUGGCUAGCAGUGGACUGAAUGGCACGAGUAGCAGCGGGAUGUGCGGCAAUGUGACUUGUGGAAGAAGCUGUGGUAGCACUAACAGCGACACCAGCAGGAGUUAUAACGGGGAGGGCAGUGGUUGCAUAGUCAGCACCACCGGCAGCAGCAGCAGCAGCAGCAGCAGCAGCAGCAGCGUGAGGGAAAGAGGGCAGUACCCAUGGCAGGUGGAGCGAAUACUAGAGAGAAACAGGCAGAUGAGGCUGAAGCAGCAGCAGCAGGAGGAGGUUCAGCAAGGUCAAAGGCAGGAGGGACAGCAGCAGCAGCAGCAGCAGCAGCAGCAAGAGCAGUUGCAGAUGCAUGAGCAGCAGCAGGAGGCAAACCAAGGGUUGGAUAAAGGAGGAGAUGAGGAGGAGAGGGGAUUGGGUCAAGGAGAAGAGGACGGAGGGUGGGAUGAGCAAGCAGAGCAGACUACGGGUGGGAGCAGCGGAUUGGCCGACGACCUGCAGGUAGAUCUGUUGCCAGCGGGAACAUCUUCUGGGGAAGGUACAUCUGAGUGGGCGGCGAGGGGAAGGUCAGGACCAAACAGGACACAGAGGGAUGGUAGUAGUAGAAACGUGAGGAGUGGGCGGGGGGGGGAUAUGGAGAGGAGAGCGAGAGCGGAUGACAGUGUUUUGCAUAGAGAGAGGGGGUUCAGAAGAGCAAAGAGUGAAGAUGUAGGCAUGGGGCCUGGGGAUAGCAGGUUCAGGGGCAUAGGGCAGAGGUUAAAUGGGGCACGGACAAGAGAGGGUGACUCUAGCGGUGGUAUCGUUAUUGGGAGUAGCAGUACCAGCAGCAGUAGCGACAGAAGAAGGAAUGUCAACGGCAGUGUUGGCAGCAACAGCAGCAAUUUCUGGAGGAGGGAGAGGAGGGUGAUUCAUGGGAGACGACUUGCGAGAGUGGAAGCAGAAUUUGGAAACCAAGGUCCAUUGGAUGACAGUUUUGAGACGUCUCAAAUCUCUUUUGAGGACAGUCUACAGCGACCUCGAGACUCACUUGAUGAUAGUCACCUGUCGGAAUUGCAGGAGGAUCAGGAGGAGGAGUUGAGGCAGCAACAAGAGGAGGAUCAGGAGCAGCAGCAGCAGCUGCUGCAACUUCAGGAGCAAAUGCAAUUGCAGGAAGAGUUACAGGGUCAGCUAGAGGUCGAGUUACAGGUGCAGAAUCUGUUACAGUUAGACGAGCAGCAACAGCAGCAGCAGCUGCACGAGCGGUUACAGGCUCAGGAACAGGAACAGUUACAGGUGCAGGAGCAGUUUCAGUUGCGAGCGCAGUUACAACUUGGGUUACAGGACCAGUUACAGUUGCAAGAACGGAUUGAUAUGGAGGAGCAGUUACAGCAGGAGCAGCAGGAGCAGCAGGAGGCAGAUGUGUUACAGUUACAGUCUGAAGGGGAAGUGGAGCAAGGGUUACUAUGUGAUGAGCAGUUACAACUUCAAGACGAGUUACAGUUACAACUCCAGGACGAGUUACAGUUACAACUCCAGGACGAGUUACAGUUACAACAGCAGCUGGAGGAGCAGCUACAGAUGGAGCAGCAAGGUAGGGGGGCGUUACAAGUGCAAUUUAGAGAUGGGAUGCAGGAGGAGGUACGGUUUCAGGAGCCAUUUCAACUUGAGGACGAGUUACAGUUACAGCAGCAUCUAGAGGAACAGCUUUUGCAGCAGCAGUUGCAGGAGGGGCAGCAGCUGCUGUUGCUGCAGCAGCAGCAACAAGAAGAUGAGGAUGCGCAGGAGCAAUUGCAGGAGGAAAUACAAGAGCAGAUUCAGCUGCUGCAGCAGCAGCAGCUACAGCAGGAGCGACGGUUACAGCAGGAGGAACAGGGGGAGCAGGGGGAGCAGGGGGAGCAGGAGCAGCACCCAGGGGAAACACAGGCACAAGCACAAGCAGAGGCAGAGGCAGAGGCAGAGUCACGGGGCGAAGGUGGCCCGCAUUCAUACAGUGGCAAUGGCAACAGCAACCGCAGCAGCAGCAGCAGCAGCAGCAGCAGCAGCAGCAGGGACAGAGGCCUAAUGGGUUUGGGGAGAGGGGCAGCAUCAGGUGUGCUGAGCCCAGAAACACAGGGAGAAGCAGGGAGCCUAGGACUACAGAUUAGGGGGUGUAGAAGGGUCCAAAGGGGCGCUGCUGCUAGGCUCGACAGCAGGAGAGGCUCGGCACCGAGGCUGUUAGGCGUGUACAGGAGGCACGGGAGGGAGGAUCGGCAUCGGCUGGAGGAGCUCACUGGGAAUCUAGAAGAUGGGGAGAGUACUCUGUCUGGGAUCACUAUUGAUGUUCCUCCUGGUGCCGAUGACUAUAACGAAGGAGGCAACAGUGGUGAGAUGGCCAUUAAUGGCGGCAGUCUGGAAUAUACUCCCUGGUUCCCUGGGCGGUUGACCCCCAAUCAAGCCCUGCUGGACCAAGGUUUGUCAAGCUCACCCCAGGCUAUGCGCAUGAGGAGAACGAGCAGUAUUGGCAGCCACAGCACCAACAGCAGCAGCAGGAACGGCAGAAGUAGCAACAGGCGAGGCAGGCCCGAUAGGGCCCUACGUGCACCUCAGAUUCUGGGUGCUUCUGAACAGCCCCCUUACAGCCUUCACCAUGCAAACCUCCCCCAGUUUAACCUCCCCUUCUCCCACAGUGAGGGUUCAGUCCCCUCCCUGACUCUGGGUGGGCGACACCCUCGGGUGCCACCCUCUGAAACCAGCCUUGGGAUGCUGGGGUUGGAAGGUUGGAUGGGGGGACUGGGACUUGGAGCAGGGGUGGUGGAGGAGGGGGAGGUGGAGGCGGAACUGCUUGCGAUGGAAGCAGCAGUGGAGUUUAAUGUUAGUGUGAUCACCGCCCCGGGGGCAUUGCACCAUGUGCGCUGGCACAACUGCCACGUGUGCACAGAGCCCAAUGCGGUGGUGCUGGAUGCUGCUGGGUACAUUCUGGUGGAGCGGACGGAGCACGGUGCAAGAGGUGUCAAUCCUGUGGUGUUGGAGGAGCAAGGAGAGAGUCUGAUUCACGCGCUGGUAGACUUCUCCCCACCUCUGCUGCACCUCUCAUUCGUCCACGCCUUCCUUGACCUCGACCCGCGGGCGGUGGUGCUGCAGGAAACAGCACUGAGAGUCAAUAGAUGGCUCAGUGACAGCCGCAACCACCAUAUUUCCGUGGCACGCUUUGCCACGUGUGAUCAUCAGUACCUUUAAUGGGCUUACACAAUUCUGUCAAACAUGUGUACCUCUUAUACUUUGCAUAGACUGUAUAGGGUCAUCUCUUAGAGGGUACAACACUUAGAUAUAUUCCUGUACUCUCUCUCUCUCUAGUUA